AUGCUGCAGGAAACCAUCGGCAGAGAACAUGCCGCGUGUUCAUUCGAGCCACACAGCAGUGCUGCGUUGGACCAGCGCUCAGUAAUCAACCCGCUGGACUGCAUUAUGCAGCAUGCACAUACAGCUGGCGGUGUUGAGGCAGUGCUGAUUGGCAUGGAACACAAUCCCGCACCUGUGGUCAUCGUGCACAAGAAGCAAUGUCGCAAGUCUCCAUUCAAUAUGGAUUGGGCUGAAGACUUCUCUGGCGUGAGUGAGGAGGAUUUCCAAAAGGUUUGGAAAUAUGAGGAGAAGCAUACCACUGUGGUUCGCUUGACAUCAGCAGAUGAGGUAUGCCUCUUCACAACCAUCGAUGUCUCGGAAGACCACUAA